GGCCUGAGCUCUCGACAGCCGUGAGAACAGAAGUGAGAACAUUUCAGAAGUGAAGUUUGAGCGAACGUAACUCGUUUCUUCGCCGCUCACUUAUUGGUCAACCACUGUAUUACCGUUUUGGCUCGGUUGGACUUUUAGGCACGCGGGCUUGGCUAUGGAGGUAGUCCGGGUAUUUUUGUGUGUGUUGUCCGUGUUCGUUGCUCUAGUCUCGGACAGGUUUGUGGUACUAGCUUUCUUCUCUCAGUCUUUGGACAGCGACUUCACAUUCACUCUACCCGCUGGUCGUAAAGAGUGUUUCUACCAGACUAUGAAGAAAGAUGCCUCAUUGGAGAUUGAGUAUCAGGUAUUAGAUGGCGCAGGUCUGGAUGUAGAUUUCUUCAUCUCCUCUCCUUCUGGCCAAGUGCUCUUCAGUGACUACCAUAAAUCAGAUGGCGUGCACACCGUUGAGACUGAAGAUGGAGACUACAUGUUCUGCUUUGACAACACGUUCAGUUCCGUCUCUGAGAAGCUCAUCUUCUUUGAGUUGAUCCUGGACAACAUGGAAACAGACGAAGACCCAGACGACUGGAAGUCGUAUGUCCACGGAACGGACAUUCUGGACAUGAAGCUGGAAGACAUUAUGGACACCAUCAACAACGUGAAGGCUCGGCUGGGCAAAAGUUUGCAGAUCCAGACGGUGCUGCGGGCGUUUGAGGCUCGCGACAGAAACCUCCAGGAGAGUAACUAUGACAGGGUGAACCUUUGGUCUGUUAUAAAUCUCAUUGGUAUGAUGUUGAUAUCGGCGGUUCAGGUCUAUCUAGUCCGCUCACUGUUUGAAGAUAAAAGGAAAAUUCGUACAUAACACUGCCCCAAACGGAGGGACAGUGGGAGAGAAACGCACUUGCCCUCAGAUACCUUUUGGGAUUUGUUUUCAGCAGAUCUCCUGGUUUGUGGCUUUUAACACAAGAUGUCCUCUAUACACAUACAUAUACAAAAACACCGACAGACAUUUUGACAUUCUUCAACAAAGUCAUCUCAUUUCUUUCUCUGGUCCUCAGUCUCUUU